AUGGCAACUGCUCUAUAUUCCAAAGGUUAUGUUCAUUCCUUGCAUGAUUAUUCUCUCUUCUACAAGAAAUCACCUUCUUCCAUAAUUUUUGUUGUUGUACAUGUUGAUGAUGUCAUUAUUACUGGGACCAGUUCUACAGAGAUCACUGAGUUGAAAACGUUCUUACAUGACCAAUUCAAGAUUAAGGACCUAGGCAGACUUCACUACUUUCUUAGUUUAGAGGUCCUUUACAAAGAAGAUGGGGUUAUCAUCUCCCAGAGAAAAUUUGCACUGGAUCUUCUGAAGGAGUUUGACUGUCUCCAUUACACUAAUCUUGCUUCUCCUCUUGAUCCCAAUGUCAAACUAAAAGCUAAAGAGGGAGUUGAUCCUCGAGAGCCCCACUUACAGGCUGCACUUCACUUGCUUAGGUACCUCAAGGGUGAUCCCACACUUGGUAUUUUUAUGUCUAAUAAUCCUGAUUGUACCAUUAAAGGGUAUUGUGACUCUGACUGGGCUGCCUGCCCAGAUUGCAGGAGGUCAGUCAGUGGUUACUUGGUGCUUCAAGGUACUAGUCCUAUUAGUUGGAAGUCUACGAAGAAAGAAACCAUUUCUCUUUCCUCCGCUGAAGCUGAAUAUAGGUCCCUUAGAAAGGUAGUUGGAGAACUAACUUGGUUAUGCAGAUUGUUUGAGGAGCUGACUGUUCCCUUUUCUACACCUACUUUUCUCUCUCGAAGCUUCUGGAGUUUCACCAUGGGAGCUCAAGCUUGA